GGUAUUAUUUUAAUGAACCUUCUGCAUGAGUUUUCAGUUGGGUGUGAAGUACUAACUAGAAAACAAGUGCAAUACUAAAAUGGUAAAAGCAAUUAUGGGGAUACUAUAAAGUAAUAAUAACUUUCAAUUACAUUCAAUUUUUGGAGAAACACAACAAAUAAAUGAGCUUUAUAUGUUAGUUGUAGACAAUUUUUCCGAAUUUCUUUCUUUUUUUUUUUUUAGUUGCUGUAUCCGUUUAUUUCAGUGCACCUGAAAAUUGCAGUCAUGAGUUUCAGUGGCCCCUUGCUAUCAGAACAAACCAAACUGCUUUAAACAGAAAAUAUUUAUAGACACUUCUUUAUCAUGCAUCAGUAUAGCGUCAGUGAAAUGCAGCUCUAUCAUAGUGUCAGCACUAAACAGUUAAUUCAUCAUAUCAGAGGAAGUUAACAACCGCACGAAGGGCUGAUGAUGUUUAAAGAAAGAACAUAAAGAAAAGAAAGACUGACAGAAACAGAAAAUGGCUGUUCAGUGUCAUAUGUGUCUGCUGGGAUUGAUCAUUCUCUGUCCACUUCUGACAGGUAUAAGUGAAGCAGAAGUAACUCAUGUGUUCAGCAGUUCUGGUGAAAAUGUCCGUCUGCCCUGUAAUAAUGCUCUUCCUGACUGCACAUCAACUACAUGGAACUAUAACAGACAUUCAGAGGCAGCUGAACUGAUUGCUGGAGGGAUAAAAAAGAAUGACAUAAAGAGACGUGAGAGACUGAGUGUGGGGUCUGACUGCUCUCUGAACAUCGAGAAAGUCACACAAGAAGAUUAUGGGCUUUAUACCUGCCAACAAUAUGUGAAUGGACAAAAACAAAGAACUGAUGCACCUGUUUAUCUGCAUUUUCUUCAUGUCUCUUCAUCAUCCUCACAGACUGAGAUCAGACCAGGCAGCUCUGUGACUCUCUCCUGUCAGUUGUAUUCAUAUGAUAGAUACCCUUGUGAUACUUUGGUCCGUACUGAUGGAAUUCAGCUGAUGUGGGUGAAUCAGGCUGGUGUUAGUGUGAUGACAGACUCCAGAUAUCAGAUCUCAUUCUCCUCAACACACUGUAUCAGCACUCUGACUACAACACUCCUGAAUGAAGAUCUCAACAGAGAGUGGAGAUGUCAGGUUACUCAGAGAAAUCAACCGAAGGCCUCAGCCACAUAUACUGUCAAGUAUUCAGCUCCAAACGAGACAAAGACACCGACUCCAGUCACCAGCUUAAAGACAACAACAACUGUAAAUAAACCAGUAACUUCUACACAAUCAGAGACUUUCUUGCCCUCAGUGAUUGCUGGUGUUGUUGUUGCAUUGGCUCUUCUCCUUCUUCCUGUUAUUUUUUGGGUGAUUCGUAAAAAAAACCCAAAAGCUGAUAACAAAAGAGGGACUGAUGACUCUGUGGAGCAGAAAGAUGAUGUGACUUAUACUGAGGUUUUUACAUACAGUAAAAAGCAAGACAAAAACAACAAGGUUCAUGGUGAUGAUACAGUGACUUACGCUUCCAUCAGUGGAGCAACAGCUGGACCUCAGGAUGACAGCAGUCAACUUUAUACCUCUGUGAACAAGAACCGUCACAAAUAAGUCAAACAGUCAUUCAUUUAAAAAAAGACCUUAUGAUAUAGCAUAAGGUCUUUUUUCAGUUUUGUUGACUGAUUACUGCAGGCUAGUUUAUUGUUAAUUUGUUGUAAUUAUGGAUACAGGCAAAGCUACAUGAUAAUGUAAACAUUUACAAUAUGAUAGGAAUUAAAAUUUGUAUUUUAUGAAUUUGUAUUUGCAAUGUAUUUUGACAGUGUCAGAUGCGAGUUUGUUAAAAUCUUUUUCUGUUGGUGUACAGAAUGCGCAGUGAGGUCAGAAUUGACAUUGGUUUUUCAUUGUAAAUAUGAUGGGAACUGUUUUUAAUACCCAAGCUACACUGUUAACAUCCUCUCAUUAGUGACUGAUGCAGAGAUGCUCAGAAAUGCUUUAUUUAAUAGUGCUGUAUAAGAACUGAGAGACCGCAGUCAGAAACAGAAGAGAUCAUCAUGACUAUGAAUGGGACUUUAAUUAAAUUUAAUAAAUGUAAUUAAAUCA